AUGCAGAUCCGCCAAACGAAUGCCCGACAUGCAUUUUUUCGCAUGCCCGGAACACCCUACACAGCUAACGCGUCUGUCCCUGUAGACAGACCCUAUAUAGAGGCCGUACGUUUCUUGGGUCUUCCGUUAGCUGAACAUGAUGACAAUGAGACUGAGACACCAGCCGAUCUGGUUGGUGUUGUUGUAGCCGGUACAAUAACAACAACAACUAUGAUUUUCUGGACAACUUUUAUUGGCCAACAAACCACGCCGCCAGAAUUGCCAAUUUACGGUGAUCCCUACACGGAAAUUGCACUGGAUCUAGUCUUCCCAAAGGGGAAUCCAACAUUCCUGCUCGAAGGCAAGAAACUGCAGCUGCUGCAGCCGCUCGAUCGCGAUGAGGAGAAUCUGAGUCACAUUGUCUUUCAGGUCUCCUGCACCAUUCGUGCAACAAACAAGCGACGCAACAUUCCGAUUAUUGUGCGCGUAUCUGAUGUCAACGACAAUGCGCCGCGCUUCAUGAACACACCCUAUGAGGUCACCGUGCCGGAGGUAAGAAAUGAACAAUCCUUAAGAACUACAAACGAAGAAAAAAGAAACUAA